CGCUGACAUCAUGGCCAUCGGGGACAGUAUCCCGGACUAUGUGGCCGUGGCUGUUCAGAAGAACCAGGUGAAGAUGGCAGGUAAGUAUAACAGCAUGGACUGUAUGCGGUGUUUUAUGCACAUGCUUGAGUUUUGCAUGGGCUGCGCGCCCACGGAGUAUACCGAGGAGCUGCAUCAGUGGUUUCUGAAGCGGCAGUGUCGGAAGUAUGGACGCAAUGCUGCGGCGGAGCUCGCGUAUUUUGGCGUGGUGUCCUGCGACAGUAUGACCACAGCAUUGGGUCGUAUGAGGAAGGCUCUAAACACCACGUCUCAAGUGAGUGCCGCGACCAUGUAUGUAUUGUUCUGCGAGACGCGGCAGGCUAUCAAUAGGUAUUCGCUGCAUGGUCUUUGGUAUCUCAUUGAGCAGCAUGACAAGAGGAAGUCU